UAUUUCAGUUUAUUGUACUGCUUGCAAUUGCUGAAUGUUUUGUUUUUUCCAGUAUUGGUAGCCUUAUAUGAAGAGCCGGAGAAACCGAAUAGUGCACUGGACUUUCUGAAGCAUCAUCUAGGAGCUUCAGCUCCUGAAAAUCCAGAAAUAGAGGCACUUCGCUUGGAAGUGGCAGAGAUGAAAGAAAAAUAUGAAGCUGUGUUGGAAGAGAAUAAAAAUCUCAAAAGCAAGCUGGCUCAGUAUGAACCACCUCAAGAAGAGAAGCGUGGUGAAUAGGGAUAGCUUCUCCUUUAAUGCCUUGGCUGAAUAAAGGGCUUCCCGAGAACCGUG